AUGAAUUUUGUGUUAGAUUUGCCUCGUACACAGAGAGGUGUAGAUUCUGUGUUUGUUGUAGUAGAUAGAUUUUUCAAGAUGACCCAUUUUAUUGUUUGUAAGAAGACUGUUGAUGCAUCCAACAUAGCCAAACUAUUUUUCUGGGAGGUUGUGCGUCUUUACGGGAUCAAUGGCCAAUUUCGGCAAUUCCAAUGCCUUUAUUGCUGUAGUAUUAGUAGAGCAACAUAUUCCUUCCUUCCUUUUGUCAAAGAAUCAGAAGAUGAUGCUGAAGAUUCUGAUGAUGAGUCAGAAGAUGAUGACUCUGGAAACUCUGAAGGUGAGACAGAUGGUGAAUCUGAUUCUUAUCUAGAUUUUGAUGUUGAUCCAAAAUCUGGUGGUGAUCAUGCUUCUAGAAGGGAAAACUCUAAAGACGUAGGUUUUGGAGGACAAGCUUCUAAAUAUGAUCAUGUUUCUGGUGGAAAUCAUGACUCUAAGGAUGGAUCUUCUGAAGGAAAUUCAGCCUUUGACGAUGAUCAUAAUUUUGAAAGUAGAACUUCUGAAGGUAGAGGUGAUCUAACUUUUGAAGAUGGUAUUUCUGAAGGUAGUGACUCUGACUCCGAUGGUGAUUCAGACUCUGGGAAUUUUCCAGACUCUGAAGGCAAUCAAGGUUCUGGAGAAAGUUCAAUUUCUGAAGCAAGAGCUUCUGAAGGGGAAAGUUCUGGUGUCUGA